ACAAUCUGCUUACAAUCCUGUAAAGCAUAGUAUGUCUACUCUUUUAGGAAAGUUGACAGGUAUUGUCCUACCUAUUGAUCAUUUUGGUUCUUAUUUUAAUUCUAAUGUCAUUAUUGAGAAUACAGAUCUUGCAAAGCAAAAUUUUCAUUAUACUGAUUAUAUUCAUGGUAAAGAAGUAAUUGUUGAAUAUAUUGAUGAACAAAUUGACCUUUUUACUUUGGAUGUAUCUUGA